AUGUACAUCACGACACUGGCACUGGUACUGGCGCUGGCCGUCACCGAGCCAUCGUCGGCGCUCUUCUCUCGCGACGACGGCGGCCCCGUCCAUCUCCAACUUACUCCUCCGCCGGAGGUUCCCGUCAGCGUCGAGCACGCAGCGCAACAGAUCGCCCGGCGGCGUGAGAUCCUCUAUGGGCAAAACAGGCGGCAGUCUGCCGCCCCCGACGUCCCCACCCCGCCACAAGAAUUCGACUUGGUCGUUGAUACCGGGUCCGCGUGGACGUGGGUUUGGGACAGCUCGUCCACCCCCACGACGUGCGGCAAUCACACUGGCGGAUUUGACGCCUCCAAGUCGUCAACUUACUUGCUCAACGACACCCUCAACAACCCGCCGUACGGCCCUGUCCCGGUCGUGUUCGUGAGCAGCUACUGCCGCGGAACAUGGGGGCAGGAUACGGUCGGCCUCACCAACGGCCUGGGGGUGGCCGCGGGCAGUAUGGCAACUGCAUCCAACUUCGUAUUCAAGGGCAAUACGACAAGCCAAACGUGGGAGCCACCGGGACUCCUCGGCUUCGCAUUCCAAACGCCUGGGCUCCCCAGGCCGUUCUGGUACGAGCUUCUCAACACCUGGAGGGAUCGGCGCUUCAGCAUCUUCCUCGGCAACGUCAACCAGAACACCACGACACCCAUUGUCGGCCGGAACGGGGGUGUCCUGACUCUUGGUGGCGUCAACACCGACCUGUUCACCGGCAACAUCAACUAUGUGCCCCUCAGCCAGCGGUUCUAUAGGCAGGGCCAGCCUGGAUUCUGGGAAGUUGCGGUCACUGGCGCCGAGCACGGUGGUAAGGUGUUCGGCAACAACACGGUCGCAGUUCUCGACACUGGUUCUCCGGUCUCUUGGGUCCCGCAGGACCUCUUCACCGCGGUGUAUAGCGGCCUUACGGGCGUGCAGCAGAUCAAGGAUCAAGAUGGACAGGCACCACACUACCUCUUCCCUUGCUCGUCGGCAUCCCAGCUCACGGACAUCACUUUCGCCGUUGGGGGUGAAAAGUACACUAUUCCUGGCACGGCGUUGUCGUCGUACGACCACGAUGAUGGCUCCACUGCGAUGUGCUCGAGUCUGCUGGUGCCGAAUCAGCAGCAGCCCAGUCCCAGCGGCGCACCUCCAGGUAGUACACCAGAAGACUGGCUUCUCGGUGACGGGUUCCUUCGCUCCGUGUACACCGUGUAUCAGUGGUCACCACCUGCGGUGGGCUUUGCCAAGCUGUCGCAGAAAGCCCUGACGAGUACGCCGUCUAUCGUGAAUCCGUCUCCAGAUGGAGCAGCUGCUACUGGCUCUGCUACUGGCUCUGCUACUGCGACACCUUCCAAAGCGCCGUCCGGGGCCAGUAGGACGAUGGUCAACCUUUGCGUGGUCAUCCUCAGUCUUAUGGUCGCAGCAUGUAUACUGCACCCCGUGGUCUAA